GAUCCUGAUGAAUGUUUUGUUGCUAAUUAUUAUAUCAAAGAUGAUGAUGCCGAUCCAUUAUUUAGAUUAUUUGUUACAACCAAAAAUUUAAUGAAAAAUUGUUUAAAUUCAAAUCAUGUAUAUACAGAUGCAACUUAUAAAUUAAUAUGGCAGGGUUAUCCUGUAUUGAUUGUGGGUACUACUGAUAAACAGUGUGCUUUUCAUCCAUUUGGUAUUGUGUUAUGUAUAAAUGAAGAAACUAAUGAUUUUGAGUUUAUGUUUAAAAGUGUUCAAUUAACUGUUGAGAAAUUAUAUAAUUUUAAUUAUUGUCCAAUUAUAUUAGUUGCUGAUGCAUCUGAAGCUAUAACCAAUGGUUUUAUUAAUGUAUUUAAUGUUAUUGAAAAAAGAAUUAUGUGUUGGUUUCAUGUAACGAAAAAUAUUGAUACUCAAUUAAACGCUAUUAAAGAUAAAAAAAUGAAAGCAGAAUUAAGACAAGAUAAUGAAUUUAUGCAACUUAUUAAAAAUGAAACAAUUUUUGAUGCAGCAAUUAAAUUAUUCCAAAAAAAGUGGAAAUCAAAGAAAUGUCCGCUAAUUAAUAAUUUUAUUGAUUAUUUUAUAAAUGUAUGUUCUAAUAAUGCAUUAGAAGCAACAAAUCGUAAAAUAAAAUCUUUAUAUACAUUUCAAGAACGCUUACCUGUUGGUGAAUUUUUAUCAGUUUUCGAAAAAGAUAUUAUUCAUCAAUUAUCAAGAGAACGCAAUGUUGAUGAUACAAUAACAUCACAAAUGCAAAAGCUUUCGCAAAUGUUCCAUCUAGAAAUUUAUCACUUUGGACAUCAACUUAUCACUGGAUAA